CGCCUCGGGACUGGUGCGCAUGCGCGGGGUGUGCCGGCUGGUUGCCAUGAGAGCCGCGGUCCGGGGGUGGCGCCGCCGUGCAGAAUGCCACACAAGAUUGGGUUUGUAGUUCUCAGUUCAUCAGGACAUGAAGAUGGCUUCAGUGCAAAGGAGCUGAUGGUUCAUGCACCAACAGUUAAUGGAUGGAGAUCACCAAGACUCUGUCAGUACCCACAAGAAAUUGUCCUUCAGAUGGUGGAGAGAUGUCGCGUUCGAAAGCUGCAGCUGCUCGCACACCAGUACAUGAUCUCGAGUAAAAUUGAGUUUUACAUUAGUGAAAAUCUUCCGGAAUACUUUGCACCUUACCAGUCGGAACAGUUUCGAAGGCUAGGUUAUGUAUCUCUAUCAGACAAUGAGAAGACUGGGUACAAAGCACGGGAGCUGAAAUCAGUGUAUGUGGAUGCAGUUGGACAAUAUCUAAAGCUGACUUUUCAUAAAAAUUAUGUCAAUAGGUACAACUUGUAUGGUCAGGUUGCUCUAGUAGCAAUAAAUAUAAUUGGGGAACCUGCUGACUCUACUAAUGACAAUAAUAAUCCUUCAAGAGAGAAGCUGAUUGACCAUUAUCUUGGGAGCAAUUCGGAAGACCCAGCCUUAGAUGGAACAUAUAUUGGGAAACCUGACUCUAUUUCACCACUGGAUGACUUGGCUUUUGAUAUGUACCAGGAUCCAGAAGUUGCUCAAAUAAUUCGUAAACUGGAUGAGAAGAAGCAAGAAGCAGUCCGUCAUGAACGCUAUGACUAUGCCAAGAAGCUCAAGCAAGCUAUUGCUGACUUGCAGAAGGUUGGUGAGCGACUCGGGCGGUAUGAAGUGGAAAAACGCUGCGCUGUGGAGAAAGAGGAUUAUGAUCUUGCUAAAAAAAAGAAACAGCAGAUGGAGGAGUACCGCCUGAAGGUGUAUCAGCAACUGGAGCUCCACAACCUUAUGGAUCCAGAGCUGAUGAUCAGAAGGCUGCCUGAGUUGCCUCUUGAGCCUGUGAUUCACUCUGUUAGCCCUCAGCAAAAGAGAUCCACACAUUCACCCCAACAUGAGAAAACAGAACCAGAGAAAGUUGAGCCUUUGCCACAGGAAAAGCCAACAGAGCCAACUUCUCAUGAGCCUGUUGUUCCGCAUCAGUCCCCUCCUCCUGUGGUCCAGCCCCCAGCCUCAGUAGAGGGCUUUCCCAAGAUAAAUGUGGAAUUUUUACCUUAUGAUGAGAGGCCUCUUCCAGCUAUUCGUAAACAACAAGAGGAAGCAUUUGCCUACCUUGAGCCAGAAAUGAAUGAAGAGUAUACUGAUGGUACUCCAAGAAGUGGCAUCACUGGGGAGCCUGAGCCAUUAACAGAAAAAGCACUAAGGGAGGCCAGCCCUGCCAUUGAAGUUUUUGGAGAGGCUUUGGUUGCAGGAGCAUAUUCCAAGACUUGGUCAUAUCGAGAAGAUGCAUUGCUUGCUAUAUAUAAAAAGCUGAUGGAAAUCUCUGUCAGCACCCCAAAAGAGGAUUUAAAGAACAUGCUCAGGGCUGCUGUCUUUCUCAUAAGAAGAGCCACAAAAGACAUAGUGUCUUCUGUUUUUCAGGCUUCCCUGAAACUUCUAAAAAUGAUCAUUACGCAGUACAUACCAAAGCAUAAGUUAGGAAAACUGGAAACAGCUCACUGUGUGGACAGAAUCCUUCCAAAUCUGCUUUCUAGGACUGGGGAUUCAUCAACCCGUCUGCGCGUUGUGGCUUCUAACUUUAUUCAGGAAAUGGCACUAUGUAAUGAAGUUAAACCCCUUCAGAUUAUUCCAAUUCAUUUGGUCCAUCCAUUGAAACCAAAUUCCCCUACACAUCUAGCAAUGAGUCAGGUUGAAUUAGUGGAACGCCUCUUGAAAAAUUUGGGAACUGAAAAUUCUGGGUUUACUGUUGACAACAUCAUGAGGUUUGCAACAGGUGCUUUGGAGCAUAGAGUGUAUGAAGUACGUGAUACAGCAUUACGGAUUAUCUUUGGCAUGUACAGGCAGCAUCGGACCGUUAUAUUAAACUAUCUUCCUCCAGAUGAUGCCAAUACACGCAAGAAUGUGCUUUAUAAAACACUCUUUGAUGGAUUUACUAAAAUAGAUGGCAAACUUACUGAGGCUGAAAUUAAAGCACAAAAAAAGGCAGCCACAGAAGAAGCAGAGAAACAGAAGAAGGAACAAAUUAAGGUGUUGCAGGGGCAGCUGGCAACACUGAAGGAGAUUCAGGCAGAAGUUCAGGCUGGAAAGGAAAAAGAAAAUGAUUUUCAGAAGCUAAAGAAUCAAGGUGAUCAGCUAAACAAAGCCACCUUAUCUGCAGCAACAGAAAUUUCAGAUGAUCAUUCCUCGGUUACAAAUUAUUUAGAUAAUCUGUGCAUUUUCUGUGGUGAAAGGAAUGAAUCCUUCACAGAGGAGGGCUUGGAUCUCCAUUACUGGAAGCGUUGCCCAAUGUUAACAAGAUGUGAACACUGCAAGCAGGUGGUGGAAAUAGCUAGUCUGACAGAGCACCUGCUGACUGAGUGUGAUAAAAAAGAAGGCUUUGGGAAAUGUCAGCGCUGCAGUGAGGCCCUUCCAAAGGAGGAGCUGCCUAAACAUAUCAAGGGCAAGGCUUGCAAUCCUGCCAAACCAGAAAAAGUGGCAAACCAUUGUCCAUUGUGCCAUGAGAACUUCACCCCAGGAGAGGAGGCUUGGAAAUCUCACCUAAUGGGCAAAGAUGGCUGUAAAAUGAAUCUGCGGAGGGUGCACACUACAAACAAAACCCUACUGAUGCAGCCUGGCAAAGCAGGAGGAUUAGCUGUCAGCAAGCCAGUCCCUACAGGAGCAAAGCUGCGAUCCCCCACCAUAGGAAGUAAGAUCCCAACCCCAAGAGGGGGCAUAAAUAAAAGCACUAGCAGAACAUAUGCAAAGCGAUGACAUGAAAAGUACUUGUUUCCUUCAUAACUGAGCAAGUUUUUUUGCGAUGCACAUCUGUGAGCUUUGAUUAGAAAGGGAUGGGAACCUCAAACUGCACAUUUCACCUGAACUCCCCUCUGCUGUCUGUUAGUCAUGACUACUGCUUGCCCACUUUGGUUUCCCAGUGUUGUAGGCUCUUGGGGCAGUUAUGCACAUCUUACUGCUUAGUGACUUGCAGACUAUGAUAGAGGUCUUCUGGCCUGGGGUAUUCCUUUGUCCUUCCCCAAUGGCAAGAAGAAUAGAAAUUGGCUGCAGAAUCUCUUCUUGCAGCUUUCCUAGCAGAGGGGAGUCCCCAGUAAGUAAAGAGCUAGCUGAGCCAAAUACAAUGCUACCCUCUGCAGCAGCCAACAGAGGUUGGGGCAAAAUGGCCCAACAAGUUGUGGCUGUUCCCCUAUUUAAUGGGAUGACAGUUGUCUUGUGUUCACUUAAGUAGCCUGUUGGCUGGGGCUGAAAGGAACAGGCACUGACAUCAGGAAGCCAAAACCUUUAGUUCUGUUUGCUAUCCAGAGGCCAAAGGAGGCCAAUCUGGCUCAAUUGUGCCAGGCUUUCAGAAGGAAGCUUUAAGAUGUUUGUUCUUUUGGGCCCAAUCUCAUAUCUGCUCACAAAAGUUAUAGGAAUAUAAUCACCUGACUUAAUCAGUGAAAACUGGCAACUGCAAAAUUAGCUCAUAAUUGUUCUCUGCCCAUAUUUGCUUAUUUGUGUGACUGACUCCAAGUAAUAGUCACUAGUACUUCUUUAUAAUCAGAGACACCUUGAUACAAGAAUAGGACUAUAAUAAGAUACAGGAUGAUAGUACAAAAUGUCUCUAGUAUAUAUUUAUGCACUAUUCCAAAAGUCCACACUGAUAGUGAAACUAUCACAUUUAGACAUGGGAACAAUUUGGUGAGAAAUAGUGAACAGACUAGCUAUGCUGUUCUCAUUAUAGCUUUCAUGCAAUUAUCUUUGUCACAGCAAUAUCACAACUCUGGGUCUAAUGUACAAUUAACAACAAA